AUGUCAACCGAAAACCAAACCCACCAAGCCGCAACCCUCCCUUCAAAAGCCACCGCAUUAAAAACAACAACCCGCCAAACCCCAACGCCCGGCCCAACCGAACUCCUAAUCGAAGUCCACGCCCUAGCCCUAAACCCAGUAGACUACCACCAACGCGACACAGGAUUCUUCAUCCAAGAAUAUCCCGCAAUCCUAGGCUCCGACGUCGCAGGCGUUAUCAUCUCAUCCGGACCCCUGACACGAGAAUCCAUGAAACCCGGGACCCGCGUUACGGCACUAGCAAGUUCAUUCUUUAACGCCGGUGUUGAUUACGGCGCAUUUCAGAGACGAGUUCUCGUGCCGGAGGAGACUGUUGCGAUUCUUCCGGAUGGGGGGGCAGUUUUCCCUCUUGCGGCGGUUACGACGUGGAAUGGGUGGGUUUGGGCUGGUUUGAUGCCUGCUGCUACCACCAGUCAAGUUCAAGUUUCUGCUUCGGAGGAGGGGGUUUUUGUUUGGGGUGCGUCGAGUAGUAUUGGAGCUUUGGCUGUGCAGGAGGCGAAGUUGAUGGGGUUUGUUGUCUAUGCUACUGCCAGUGGACGGCAUCAUGAUUAUAUCCGGGGUCUUGGGGCGGAUCGGGUAUUUGAUUAUAAGGAUGAGGAUGUGUUGGGUCAGAUUGUUCAGGCGGCGGGUGCGGAUGGUGUGAGGAUUCGGAUUGGAUACCAUGCUACCGGGGACCAGCACUUGGCGGCUGAUGUUCUGCAUGCGUUGAGGGGUGAGGGACAGGGGGAGAAGUCGAAGUUGGCGAUUGCGCCAAUCUUGGAUCCCGAAUUGAAGGUUCCUGAUGGUGUUGAGGCUGCUUUUGUGUAUCCUCCGCAGGAUCGGGCGGAGUUGAAGGAGAGAAAUCGGGCUAUCUUUGUGGACUGGUUGGAGGGGAAGCUUGCUGGUAAGCAGGUCGUUGCUAGCCCCCAUAUCAAAGUUAUCAAAGGUGGGCUGGGGUCUGUUAAUGGGGCUUUGGAUGAGUUGAAGGCUGGGGUCAGUUGCUUGAAGAUUGUGGUGGAGCUGUGA